AGAUGAUAGUUUCUUCUACUCUGGUCUUGCGAGGAGAAAGUCUGCGCUUUCGCUAUUAUGGCUGAGUGUUAUGGCUACGGCCGUCAUCAGCUUCCAGUGGUUCUUCUGGGGUUACUCGCUGGCUUUCUCGCAUAGUGCGGGAAAAUACAUUGGUAAUCUUGAUAACUUUGGAUUGAUGGAUGUGCUCGGUGCUCCGUCAGUUGGAAGUUCGAGGAUCCCAGACUUGAUGUUUUGCGUGUACCAGGGCAUGUUUGCUGCUAUCACGUAUGUUCUGUUCAGUCCCUACGUCAACUUCAGGGAGUGCUGACGUUGAAAACAGUGUUGCUCUUGCUGUUGGAGCCGUAGCAGAGCGUGGUCGCAUGCUGCCGUGCAUCAUCUACAUGUUCAUCUGGUCAACGCUCAUCUACGACCCCAUUGCCUGCUGGACCUGGAAUUCUUCUGGCUGGGUCUUCCAGAUGGGCGGACUGGACUUUGCUGGUGGCACGCCCGUGCAUAUCGCUUCCGGAACUGCUGCUCUCGCGUACUCGUACAUGCUGGGCAAGCGUAGCGGCCACGGUACCCAGGAACUGAACUACCGUCCUCACAACGUUACCCAUAUCGUUAUUGGCACCGUCUUCCUCUGGGUUGGAUGGUUCGGCUUCAACGCCGGUUCGGCACUUGCUGCGAAUCUGCGUGCCAUCAUGGCGGCUGUGUGCACCAACCUGGCCGCCUGUGUUGGUGGCAUCACGUGGUGUCUUGUUGAUUACCGUCUGGAACGCAAGUGGUCAACAGUUGGAUUCUGCUCGGGCGUGAUCGCUGGCUUAGUCGCGAUUACACCUGGUUCCGGAUAUGUACCUGCCUGGGCAGCGGUCGUCUUCGGUGCUGUUGGUGGUGUUGUUUGCAACUACGCGACCAAGCUGAAGUAUUUCCUUCGUUGUGAUGAUGCUCUUGACAUCUUCGCCGUCCACGGUGUUGGUGGUUUCGUUGGCAACAUCCUUACCGCAUUCUUUGCUGCUGACUACAUUGCUCACCUCGACGGCUACACUGUCAUCCCCGGUGGCUGGCUGAACCACAACUGGGUGCAACUCGGUUACCAGCUUGCCGACUCCCUCGCCGGCGGCGCAUACUCGUUCAUCGGCACCUGCCUGAUCCUCGGUGCACUCGACUUCAUUGGCAAGUUCCUGCCUGCAUUCCGUCUGCGCGCCACCGAGGAAGAGGAGGCUCUGGGUAUUGAUGAUGUCGAAAUCGGCGAAUUCGCAUACGACUACGUCGAGCUCACACGCGAGCUGAAGGUCCCAGAUGACGAUGUUGAUGAGGGUAUGUCGAUGCACUCGCUGCAUCACAAUGGUGCUGGCAUGGCCAUUACCAGCCACCACGAGAAGAAUCAAGAGUCGAUGGACUCUGCGAAUCAGCUUGCUGAUUGGGCGCAUCGUGCGUGAUGAAUGCGUUCUUUAGCUGAGACUUCGUUUCUGCUCUAGCGUUUGGUUCGCCCUAUACCACUUGUUUCUCUCUUUCUAGACUUCUCUUCUGGUGGACCAUUUGACUAUACCUUGUCUCUAUGUAAUGUAGCAUAUGGGUGGA